AUGGACUCGGAUGCUUCCGCGAGUCAGAGUACUCGCGGAAAAACGCAAAAAGAGCUCAGAAGUGGGAAGAAAGUCACACUUUUAGUAGACAACCCAGCGCUAGAACCACCGGAGAAGAAGAAAAGGUCCUGGGAGUCAUGGUCCUUCGAGGAAAAAAACUGCUUCUUCGACGCAAUAAAAGUCCACCGUCGUGACUUUGAGCAAAUCAAGAAAUACAUGUUCUCGCGCCUCGGCAAAAGCGGAACCCAAAAGAACAAAGACCAGAUCCGCCACAUGUACUACCGAACCCUCGGGACGAUUCAAAAGAGUCUUACGGACAGUCAACUCGUUUAUCCGACCGUUUUGAGGGACAAACUCGAUCAGGAGUUUUACGCGAUGACGGCGUAUGCUGAGUUGAGGAAGAAGAUGCAAAAAGAUCCGCCGAGAAAGCUAUUAGAAUCGAAGCUCGAGGAGCUUUUGAAAACACAACAGACAGUUGUCAAAAGCAGAGGAAAAAUCGCCAAGGUCAAGAUCCCCACUCCAGCAGAAAAGCCCGUAACGACCCUAGAAAAGCGAGUUCUUGAGCCUCUCGUUGAACUUCGACUUUCACCAGAAGAUUGCUACACCCAAAGAUGCGUCCAAGCUGCGGCUGCGACGCCACGAAUCGUCAUCAACAUUCCAAUUAGAGCAAAAAUAAGCGAAGUGAAGAAGCUUCUGGCCGAAAGAUGGGCGACAAAAGAGGAACGAAUUACGCUUGGUUUUUAUGACAGAGCGGAAAAGAUGCAGACUGUUCUCAUCGAAAGGAUCGUCGCCGAAGAUCCCAAGUCGCAAACACAAACAAUUUAUUUUUCUUUCUCAGAAGAGCCCCCUUUCGACCCUCGAAUACCGAACUAUCAAGAGACAGAAAUUGUUCUUCUUCUGCUUACAUCAAAAAGCCUCCAUCUCAAAUAUCGUUUUCUCAAAGAUCGCCCGUUUGUCGAGCCUGUUUCGCUUUUAGUCAAAUGUGCAUCCUUAUUUACCGAAGCCCUUACGAAUACCCUCGCCAGCAACAGUACCUGUAUUCCAGUCUUAGAUUCGAAACCGGACGAAAGUGCUCUUCGCACCUUAAUUUUUACGCCCCCUCAGACUAACGGAGGGCCCUCAACUUCUUCCGAGAGUCCAGGUGCGCGCAGGAAGCGCUCUGUUUCCAACUCUUCUGGAAAAGGAAAGCCGAAGAAGAGCAUGGCUGUAAACUCAAAUGUUGUUGAACAGCAUUUACAGUUACUCAAUGGACUUACUGGCACGAGCAAGCCUUCCCGAUCUCCAGCGUACAACAACGAAGUUCCCGAAGUUCCAAUUCAAUUCAUUCAAGAGGAGAUGCCCCCUGCUCCUUGCGAUCAAAACUCAAACUCGUCCAUUUCCAAUAUUCUCCAUUCAGUCCUCAACGAGCACGAGCGUUCCACUGCGCCCGAGCUUCACAAUCGCACAACCCGAUCAACCAUCCAUAAUUCAGUUACUCUUUCCCCUUCUUCCGCCGAUGACGGAAUCGCGACGAACGAGAUCGACAGUCACGUGGGACUGAUGAUGUCGGAAAACUCGCAUCAAAAAUUCCGGGUGCACAUUGACCUGACGCGCCUGAACAAAGGCAUUCUCACGAAAGAAGAAAUUGACAAGCAAUGUAUCGAUAGCAUUUUGCAGCCUGACAAAGACAAUCCUCUGCAGUACAGCGGAAAAGAGGCAAAAACGUAUUUCGAGGUCGAAAAUGCGGGCAAUAAAUCUCUUGGAAAGAUUGUCGGAUGGAUUACAGACGUCUUUGCAAAGCUUGAGGCGAGGAAAACAACCAACGAAAACGUUGAAUUUUCUCUUGACGACUUGACUGAGUGGUUACUCACGGACUGCGUCUCACUUUUUGCGGUAACAGAGAAAAUAGGCGACCAGGGAAUAGAAAAUCACAUGCAUCUUCUUCCAGCGUCACGACUCUGCAAUAUUGUCCGUUGCUAUCAUCUUAUUUCAGCAAUGGUCGAUGAUCGUGAUCGGCUCUUUACGACUUUGACUGAUGAGGAUGAGCCUUGCUCGUCCGGGCUCAACAGUGAAAAUGACACGCUUCUGAGAUCAAGGAGUAUAAAAACUUCUGUUGGCGAAUCGGGCUCGGACGCUCAACCUUCAUCGCUCAACACUUCGGCCGACACUACCAACACAGCUCGUUUCGACGUUGCAAAACUCGUAUGGGACGGCAGUUGGCACGUUGUCAAGCAUUCCGACCUGCCUCUUUGGCUUCAGGACAAUGACUAUCUUGUCAACUGGCAUAGACCGCCUGUGAGAAGCUUUGGCUACUGCUUUUCGUCGAUUUUCAGAUGGCACACCGAAACGGGGAACAUUUGGACUCAUCUCAUCGGCGGAUUGAUCUUUAUUGGACUAACGUCUUACUACAUGUUUUUACCGACAGUCCGCUUCGUCGCGCCUCUGGAAGAAAAGCUCGUCUUUGCUCUUUUCUUCAUUUCGGCGAUGCUUUGCCUAUUUUUCUCAACCUUAUUCCACACUCUCAGUUGCCACUCUGAGCGUAUUUUACAUAUCUUUGGCAAAUUAGACUAUUCUGGAAUUGCACUCCUUACUAUGGGCAGCUUCGUUCCUUGGGUCUACUACACAUUUUACUGUGAAACUCAAUCAAAAAUUGUAUAUAUGGUAACGAUUUCUAUCUUGGCUGUUAUUUCUGUGAUUCUGAGUCAAUGGGACAGAUUCGCACGUCCCGAGUAUCGCGCUAUCCGCGCUGGUGUAUUUCUAUCUCUUGGCCUAUCCGGUGUUAUACCUAUGAUUCACGCUUUAAUUAAAAAUGGUGCAAAAUUCUCUUUUGGGGAGGGUCAGAUUCAUUGGAUGAUUCUGAUGGGAGUCCUCUAUGUCGGUGGGGCUACCUUUUACGCGACGCGUUUUCCAGAAUGCGUCUGGCCCGGCCGCUUCGACCUCGUGUUCCAGUCCCAUCAAAUUUUCCACGUCGCCGUUGUUGUAGCUGCUCUUAUUCACAUGUACGGAAUUUCAAACCUGCAAUAUUACCGCUGGGAACAAGGAAACACCUGCACGCCUGAUCCCAAUGAUUCUGAUGUUCUUUAA